CCCCCUGGUUCCUCCCUUCCCCCUGCCCACUCCGCUCCCCCCUCCUCCAGUCCCUCCCUCCUCCCCUGCCGGGUCCCAGCCUGUCCCCCUCCCCCACUCGCGAUCCGGCCGCCGCUGCUGGGCCGGACCCCCCGGGCUCAGCCGGGCUCCUUGCGGAGCCGCCGCCGCGCCCCGUUUGCUGAAGAGGAGGCCCCGGGCCGGGACUCCUGGCGCGGGCAUAAAACGGGCCGGAGCCGGCGCCUGGGGCACUAGAGCGGCUUACGGCCCAGGUCAGCGCCCAGCCGCCCGCGUCCUCCCGCCCCGCCCGGCCGGGAGCGGACUCGGCGACUGAGAGCCGAGCCCCUCGCCACUGCCCCCCUCCUGGCCCCGGCCCCCUCCCGCCGGCCCGCCUCCGGUCCGGCCCUACUCCCUCUCCUGCUCCCUCCUCCCGCCCGCCUCCCCAGCUGUCCGCUCCGCGUCAUGCCGAGCCUCCCGGCCCCGCCGGCCCCGCGGCUGCUCCUCGGGCUGCUGCUCCUCGGCUCACGGCCGGCGGGUGGCACUGGUCCCGAGCCCCCCGCGCUGCCCAUCCGUCCCGAGAAGGAGCCGCUGCCUGUUCGGGGAGCGGCAGAGCCCGGAGCAGGCAUUACGGCACGAGCAACCGGACAGCGGCCGCCAGCCAAGCCCGUCCCCACAGGCUGCUCCUUCGGCGGGAAGGUCUAUGCCUUGGACGAGACGUGGCACCCGGACCUGGGGGAGCCUUUUGGGGUGAUGCGCUGCGUGCUGUGCGCCUGUGAAGCGCCUCAGUGGGCUCGCCGUGGGAGGGGCCCUGGCAGGGUCAGCUGUAAGAACAUCAAACCCCAGUGCCCCACCCUGGCCUGCAGGCAGCCGCGCCAGCUGCCAGGACACUGCUGCCAGACCUGCCCGCAGGAGCGCAGCAAUCUAGAUCGACAGCCGGCUGGCCUAGUCUUCGAGUAUCCAAGGGACCCAGAGCACCGCAGUUACAGUGAUCGAGGGGAACCCGGCGCUGGGGAGCGGACACGUGCUGAUGGCCACACGGACUUCGUGGCGCUGCUGACAGGACCCCGGUCGCAGGCGGUAGCUCGCGCUCGAGUCUCUCUGCAGCGCUCAAGUCUCCGCUUCUCGGUCUCCUACCAGCGGCUGGACCGCCCCAGCAGGGUUCGGUUCACAGAUCCCACAGGCAGCAUCCUGUUUGAACACCCUGCUUCCCCCACCCAGGAUGGCCUGGUUUGUGGGGUGUGGCGGGCAGUGCCUCGGCUGUCUCUGAGGCUCCUAAGGGCAGAACAGUUGCAUGUAGCCCUCGUGACACCCACUCACCCUUCAGGAGAAGUCUGGGGGCCUCUCAUUUGGCAAGGUGCUCUGGCUGCAGAGACCUUCAGUGCCAUCCUGACUCUGGAAGGCCCAGCGCAUCGGGGUGUGGGGGGCAUAGCCCUGCUCACCCUCAGUGACACAGAAGACUCCUUACAUUUUUUGCUGCUCUUCCGGGGUCUGCUGGGACCCAGGAAUGGAGGACUAGCUCAGGUUCCCCUGAAGCUUCAGAUUCUCCACCAGGGACAGCCACUUCGAGAGCUCCAAGCCAACACCUCGGCCCAGGAGCCAGGGUUUGCUGAGGUGCUGCCCAGCCUUACCGACCAGGAGAUGGACUGGCUGGCGCUCGGGGAGCUGCAGAUGGCCCUGGAGAGGGCGGGUGGGCCAGAGCUGCGCAUCAGUGGAUACAUUACUGCCAGGCAGAGCUGCGAUGUCCUUCAAAGCGUCCUCUGUGGGGCUGAUGCCCUGAUCCCAGUCCAGACGGGGGCUGCUGGCUCGGCCAGCUUGAUCCUGCUAGGAAACGGCUCCCUGAUCUAUCAGGUGCAAGUGGUAGGUACAGGUAGCGAGGUGGUGGCCAUGACACUGGAGACCAAGCCUCAGCGGAAGAACCAGCGCACUGUCCUGUGCCACGUGGCUGGACUCCAGCUGGGAGGACACAUGGCUGUGGGUAUCUGCUCUGGCCUGGGUGCCCGAGGGGCGCAUAUGCUGCUGCAGAAUGAGCUGUUCCUGAAUAUUGGCACCAAGGACUUCCCAGAUGGAGAGCUCCGGGGGCAUGUGACUGCCCUGCCCUACAGUGGGCACAGUGCCCGCUACGACAGGUUGCCCGUGCCCCUGGCAGGGGCGCUGGUGCUGCCCCCUGUGCGGAGUCAGGCGGCAGGUCACGCCUGGCUCUCCCUGGAUACGCACUGCCACUUACACUAUGAGGUGCUGCUGGCUGGACUUGGUGGCUCAGAGCAAGGCACCGUCACUGCCCACCUCCUCGGGCCUCCUGGGAUGCCAGGACCCCAGCGGCUGCUGAAGGGAUUCUAUGGCUCAGAGGCCCAAGGUGUGGUCAAAGACCUGGAGCCCACGUUGCUGCGGCACCUGGCACAGGGCACCGCCUCCCUGUUGAUCACCACCAAGAGCAGCCCCAGAGGGGAACUCCGUGGGCAGGUGCACAUUGCCAGUCAGUGUGAGGUGGGGGGUCUGCGCCUGGCCUCAGAAGGAGUGCGGAUGUCAGUGGCUCCGAAUGGAGAGGCAGCGACAUUGCCGAUGUUGCCUGCUGGGCCUGGGCCUGAAACCCCAGUGCCAGCCAAACAUGGCGGCUCCGGGAGGCCCCGAGACCCUAACACGUGCUUCUUCGAGGGGCAGCAGCGCCCCCAUGGGGCUCGCUGGUCACCCAACUAUGACCCACUCUGCUCACUCUGCACCUGCCAGAGACGAACAGUGAUCUGUGACCCCAUAGUAUGCCCACCACCAAGCUGCCCCCACCCAGUGCAGGCGCUGGACCAGUGCUGUCCCGUGUGCCCAGAGAAGCAACGCAGCAGAGAUCUCCCCGGGCUACCGAACCUGGAACCAGGAGAGGGCUGCUAUUUUGAUGGUGACCGGAGCUGGAGGGCAGCGGGUACCCGGUGGCACCCGGUUGUGCCCCCCUUUGGCUUAAUCAAGUGUGCUGUCUGUACCUGCAAGGGGGCCACUGGAGAGGUGCACUGUGAGAAGGUGCAGUGUCCUCGCUUGGCCUGUGCCCAGCCUGUCCGUGCCAACCCCACUGACUGCUGCAAACAGUGUCCAGUAGGGUCAGGGGCCCAUGCCAAGCUGGGAGACCCCAUGCAGGCUGAUGGGCCUCGGGGGUGUCGCUUUGCUGGGCAGUGGUUCCCAGAGAACCAGAGCUGGCAUCCAUCAGUGCCCCCCUUUGGGGAGAUGAGCUGUAUUACCUGCAGAUGUGGGGCCGGGGUACCUCACUGUGAGCGAGAUGAUUGUUCCUUGCCACUGUCCUGCGGCUCAGGGAAGGAGAGUCGAUGCUGUUCCCACUGCACAGCCCAAAGGUCCUCUGAGACUAGAACCCUUCCAGAGCUGGAGAAGGAAGCUGAGAGCUCCUAGGGAGCGUCCGGAAGGCCACAUGACCAAGAGGAUGGGCCUGAGCUGGGAGAAGGGGGUGCUGAGGACCUUGACUCUCCUGUGGGAAGCCCAGUGCCUUGAGCACCUCUGCUCUGCUUCUUCUCCUCCCUACUACCUCUGGGAACCACAAGUCUCCAAGGGCAAAGACUGCUGGGCCGGACCAAGGCCGUAGCCACGCUAGCUCCUGCCCUGUUACUCUUGGCCUCUGCUCCAGAAGCCUAACUCUUCUUCUGUACAUAAUGCCACUGGCUUAUUGGGAUUUUUAAUUUAUCCUCACUCAGCACCAAGGGUUCCCUCACACCAUUCCUGCUGCCCCCUGAGCUGAGCAGAGUCAUUAUUAGAGAUUUUUGUAUUUAUUAAAACAUUUUUUUUCA